AAAUGAUAUUUCAUAAUACAUAAAAUCAGACAACUAGUCCAUUGUGUGAUUGUCAGUUCACUGAAACAUGUCUGAUAUCUAAACAAUUCAAGUCACAAUGAAGAGAUCUAAUAAAAAUAUUUUUAAUUCAUCACAUUGAGAUUGAUACAGAAGGCGAUGUUUUGCUCCUUUUAAAAAAUAAAAAAAAUCCUAAAUUAGCUAUAUUUGUGCUUGAUUUUAAUUACAUUUAUACAUUUUGGUUUGUGUCUGUUUACAGUUAAUUAGAAUCUACAUACAUAAUAUAUGGUCACUUUUUUUUAUGUAGCACCGUUAAGAUUGGCAUUGCGAAUUAACUGGUUUAAAUAUUAAAGUUAAGAUCCUACAGUGUUAUUUAUGGUGUGAAUUUCCUGGAAUAUGUUAAUUGUUAUGGAUAAGACCCUGCAAUAUUAUGUAAAAUAUAUAUUUACCUGACUAGAUUAAAUAGUAACAAAUGUAUGUAUCAAAUAAUCUGAGUAAUUUCGAAAUACUAGGUUAACACUUCAAAAUUUUAAAAUAAGUCUAUUAGUCGUGCAGUGGGGACAUUUGUAAUGUUCCAGCAGCAAAUUGGAUUAUUAGUGCAGUUAUAGUUAGUGCAAAAAUGUAGGAAGAACAGUUGAGAAAAUAAAAAUGCACAAGAAAUAUAAGAACGACUGAUUUUGUACAGAUUCUUCCAUAUGUAAACGUUCAAAUGUUGCAUAUUUCCACUGAAUGAGGAAAGUGAUGAUAUGACAGGCACAGACUCUUCCAUGAGUCAGAAAUACUGAUGUUGCACACAUUAUUGUAUAUGCAGCAUACAUUAUAUUGUACACAUUUUUAUAUGUAGACAUAAAAUAUAUUGUGCAGGAAAAACUCACCGUAUCCAAAGUUUUCCUGUGAAUAAGCAUAAUUACGACCUAAUAUGUUAAGAAAAGUUUGGGUGAAAUAUGUUGAAACUUAUUCUAAAUGCUUAAAGUGCUUCUAUUUUCACCUUUUAAAACGUUAUAUUCAUAAAACUUCACAUUAAAAGUACUGUGCUUCAGUUCAUGUAUUGCGCAUGCGCCGGCGACUUUCUCCGUUGCCGGGGGUAACUAUCCGCUCCUGAGACACUCUUUGGUUGUUUACCUGUUAGCCACCAAACAUUUACCUCAAAGGUUUAAAAGUUUAAAAAACAAAAAACGCAGCUUAACGUCUGUUGUUAUAAACUCAAGGUUUGCUUUAAAGUUCGACACAAACGGCAGCAUCGAGCUGACGGACACACGGCGGCUGUUUGGGUGUUUUUUAGCAGAAGUAAGGAAGCUAACGGGAGGCUAGCUCCGUCGGCGAGUUCACCCGAGUGCACUUCGAGCGGCUGCCCAGAUCGGAGGUCACCUGGACAGCUGUGACGGUCCUCUGGGACGAUGGCGAACCCUCUGAGGUCUGAAGUGGUUCGACUCUACAAGAAUCUCCUCUACCUCGGACGGGAGUAUCCCAAAGGUGCCGACUACUUCAGGGACCGUCUGAGAGCUGCGUUCACUAAAAACAAGUCGGUUCAGGACCCGGAGCAGAUCAAGGCGAUGAUCGCUCGAGGGGAGUUUGUGGCCCGAGAGCUGGAGGCGCUUUACUACCUGAGGAAAUACAGAGCCAUGAAGAAACGCUACUACGAGGACUGAGUGGAAAUGAUGAAACACGAGACGGAAGGAAAGAGAGCCUGGUUAUUUAUUGGAAAUAUAACUCAGCGACACUGAGCAGCAGACCACCACCGCCGUCCUCCCAAAACACCACAGCAGCUUCAGAGUUUUAUCGUUUUAUUCCUGAAGUCAGAUCGUCACUGAGGACAACAUUUAAAUAAAAGCAUUAAAAACAAAAACAUAAAAACAAAGACAA